UUCAAAUUUGGAUGUGGAUAUGUUUACGUUUUGCCAUAUAAUGAAUAAAUGAUACUCUAGAUUAGACAGACAGCCAUGAUGAGAGGAAUGGAGUUAGUCGAUAUAUUUCUAUUCUUGAUCGGUCUGAAUGGGAUUUUAUUGUCGACCAGCUCGAUGUUUUCUCUGCAUUUCCAAAGGAAAUUCAGCAUUCAAGACAUUAUCCGGUUUGUACAGAGCGAUCAAAGUUGUGAUUUUUUUCUACAGGAAAUUCCAUCACUAAUUCGACAAGACAACUUGACAUCUGAUCAAAAUGAGGGGACUUGCAUACUUCUCACUUCGUUCGACAAUUCGUCAUCAAAUGAAACGAUCCGGCUUAGCAGUGUUGUUGUGAAGGUUUAUGCCAAUGUAAAGAAAUACGAAUUUUCUGUGAUGCCUAACCAAUGCAAAGGAAAUAAUUCCUUCAACGAAAUUCAGAUUCACGUCUUAUGUCUACUUACAGAAAUAUAUAACGUAACUAUAUGCGAUGAUGUAACAAGUUGUAACGCUGAAAAAGAAUUCUGCAGAAAGCUAUUUGAAGGUGGAAAUGAAAUAGGGCUUUGCAUUGCACAGCGCAAUCUCUUUGAAUCCUGUGACGAGGAUAUGAUAUGUACACAGACCACUAAAUGCGAGAAUAGGACAUGUCACUGCAAGAACGGAUUUGAAGUAAUGGGUGGUACAUGCUUGCCUGUUGGGAUGUCUUUAAAUGAAUCAUGCUCUCACGACCGUCAGUGCACUGGUACUACAAACGCCGGGAGGUGUCUACAGAAUAACCAGAGACCAGGUGGUGUCUGUUCCUGUAAUCCAGGAUUCCUGCAAGAGGGUUUCGAUUGUUUACAAAUUAACAAAACGCUUUUUGAGACCUGUGAAGUAGACAAUCAGUGCAAUGUCACAUUGGGUUUGGGGAUAUGCAACACAGUUGGUGUUAGAAAAGUGUGUGUCUGUGGACCUCAAUACACAGAGAAUACCACCUCCUUAACGUGUCAGAAAGUUGGGAAGAAAAUAUUUGAGACGUGCACAAUGGAUGCCCGAUGCACCAGGACAAAGAAUGCAGAUGUGUGUAAAUACAAUACAGAGACACAAGCUAACAGCUGUGCUUGCAGGGAUGGAUUUGAAUGUGUGAAUGCAUCAUGUGUACCAAUUUGUAGACAGUUGCUUGAAUCCUUUGGUAGACAGCUGCUUGAAUCCUGUGAAUAUGAUUUGCAGUGUAAUGGGACUGCAAAUGCAACUGUGUGUGGAUUGUUUGGAAACAGAUCAAUAUGCUUUUGUAAUAAAGGCAUGUUUGAGUUUAAUGGGACAUGCAUCGAAGCUGGUAAAGGUCUUGGUGAAUCAUGUGAAAUCGACAGACAGUGUACCGAAACAUUACAUGCUGGUGUUUGUGAUGAAAAUAGUUCGUGUUCCUGCGAUAUCGGGUUCAUCAGAGAAGACAAAGACUGCAUUAGAGGCGGAUGGAAUGAAGAAAUAAUAUAUCGAUUUAUGUUUGUCGGAGCAGGCGGGCUUCUCUUUGGAAUAUUUUACUGGAUUGUAUUACUUGUACGUAAAUGUAGAAGAAACCUACUAUACAGAGGUGGAAGGUUUGUAGUACAGUCUGAUCAAGAAACCAUCAAUCGUCAAUCCACUUUGUAUGCUGUGCCCAGUGAUAUUAGGAAUGAUGUGGAAACUGCAACGCUUGUUGACCGAGAUACCAGAAGAGUAGCAAAUCACGCAUGCAAUCACCUCAACGAACUUUUGGAAAAUGAAGACAAUGCAUUCUCUCAGCAAAUUUUUGUAGAGCAGGACCCUUGUGAUGACGUCUACAACCACCUCCAUGAAAAGGAAUCACCACUGUGUCAAGGCGUGUAUGACGUCGUGGAAAAUGUCUCUAAACGCAUGUUCCAGAGUUCUGAAUUUUGAUGAUGACCCCAAAUCGGCUGAUUUCUAAGAUUUUGCUGGACCUAUAGUUGCAAGCACGCUCUAAAUAUGCAAUAGGUACAUCUGUAAAGCUUUUCUAUAUAUUGUAUAACUUCAUUUUGACAAUUCUUCCACGUUUGGAAUGUAAAACAAAUAAAUAUGUACGUUGAAUAACUUCUCGAAUGUAAAAUGUGGAAGUUGAAGCAGAAUAUAGAUAGAUGUACAACGGUGGGUUUUCUGGGAGGAAGGUUGAUGCAUGUUCACAUACCAAGACACAUCUUACUGAAUCAUGUACACGUUGGUACUUAAUACAGGUAUAUCAAUGCUGUAAUAUCUUAUCAAUAAAAGUGCAGAAG